GUUCGGUUUUGCCUCCUUUCCCGCGCUAGUGCCGCAGUGUUUGUUUCGCCCUCCCUCCGGCCCCAUCGCUACCUGCUCGAGCAACAUCGUAUAUUAGCAGACAUUCAGUAAAGGUCGCUGGAACGCAAAAUGGAGCAUGACAUGGGCUACGACCUAGAGGACGCACUGAAGCGCGAAGGACUCUCUCGGGAAGAUUUGAAAGCCCUUAGAAACCCUCCGAUCGAGGGAGUGCCAACCACCAUCACCGAUAAGCAGCUCGCCUGCUUCCUGGACGCGUGUGACAAGAACAUCGAUGAAACGAGGAAGGUGUUAAAAAUUUACUACGACAUUCGUAAGACCAGCCCAGAGCUGUUCAGCAACCGCGAUCCACUUAGUGCACCGAUCCAGCAAUGUCUGCAAAAUCAGGAUUAUUUCCCGUUGCCAACGACUCCCAGCGGAUAUUCGGUGGUGUUUCAUCGUUUGAAAAAUUCGCGCGCUUCCAAUUACCAAUUCGACGAGGCAAUCAAAACGUACUUCAUGACCAUCGAUUCCUGCCUGUACUCGCAGGGACCACGCCCGGGUAUCAUUUUCCUGUUCGACAUGAAAAACGUCGGUCUGAUGCAUUUGACCAGAAUCAACAUGAGCUCGGUGCGCAAAUUCUUCAGCUAUCUGCAGGAAGGUCUACCGGCAAAACUGAAAGCGAUCCACGUGGUGAACGUAGUAUCCUUUUUCGACAAGAUUAUGUACAUCAUCAAACCCUUCAUUCAUGCUGAAAUUUUAAACAUGCUAUACCUUCACACAUCCAACGCGAAUUUCGAAAAGUUCUACGACGAAUGGAUACCCAAGAGUUGUCUGCCGUCGGACCUGGGUGGAGAUCUAAAAUCAAUUGAUGAGCUUCACCAAGACCACAUGAAGGAGUUUGAGCGGCAAAGAAACUAUUUUCUAUCCGAGGAGGGCCAGCGCAACGGAGAACCGAACAAAGGGGAGGAGUCGACGGAAAAAAUGCUACGUUCGCUAUCGAUAGACUAA